UUGACUUUUAAUUGCAUUAAGACUGGUUUUAAGUUAUUUCUUACAAUGAUGCCUUCCUGAGCUGCCACUAGCUGUAUGAGUGACCUCUAAUCUCUUGAACACAAAGAAAAGAAAGCUUACUUUGCAUUGUAGAAAAAAACCCUCCACAUACAGCAGCACUGCCAUCUUCUGCUUGCUUUCUUUCAUGCAUGGAAGUAGGUUUAUACUGCAAAGCAACAGGAAAGGUACAUUUUUCUACUAAUAGGUAUCUGAGGCAAUAACAUUUUCUAAUACUCAGGGAUAACAUAUGUCUGGAGUUCCACAGAUUGGGAAGCGGGGGGGGGAUUUAUACGUGAACUUCUUCUGGGCAUAGAAAAGGACUUCAGACAUUUGUCCAGGAUUUCUAAUAUAUCACAUCCCAGCCAGCGCAAUAUCUCAAAAACCACAGGAGGCAAAUGUGUAUACUGAUGUACUUGUGCUGUCCACAAGCAAUAUAUUAUACUUGUUGAAUAUGCUCCGUAGAGUUGAUCCGUACAAAAAUGUACACAUUUGAACAGAUCUAACAUAUUCCUUGUGGUCUGCACAAGUACACCAAGUCCAAAGCAUGAAUGAUCCAUGUGCAUAGGAUUAAUUCAAUGCAGUUGGGGUAUAUUCGAUCAUAUGCAAGCAUUUGUGUGGUCCGUAUGCAGUAGGUCCAACAGGUCCCAGAUGUAUCACAGAUGCUCUUGAUCUGAAGUUUCCUGGACGUGCUGUACAUCUGCACACAGGCAAGAUAGAACGCUGGAAGCCCUGCUUCAGAUAUUUUCUUUAAAAAGGUGAAGGUAUGGUAAAUUAUAUUUUUCUGAACUGAAGUUGCCCACAAAAGGCAUGUUGAGCCUGUAUGGCUCCAGGGACCCCACACAUGUCAAGGAAGCUGCUCUGUGUAAGUUUGCCAUACAGUCCUAGAUGAUGCAUUAUUGGAUGGAGCAUUCGGUAUAAACAUUAGUUACGAGUUUGGUUGUAUCAGAAAAAGUGCAAAGGGAAAGAAUUUCACUGUAUGCAUGACUUCAUCCUGUUGGGACACGUCCUUGGGAUUUUUCACCCCAUGGAGGCACAGAGGGACACUGGCAAUUCUGAGCCUCCCUCUUCCACGCAGUAAUGCAUGAAAUGACUUCGGCAAGUGAACAAGUCUGAAUUGUUUUUUCUGCUUAGAAUAGUGUAGUUAGAUAUUCAGUCUCUGCUUUACUCCAGACUUCGACAGACUGAGUUGCACUGAUGAUAACUAAUCUUUCACCUUUCUCUGAUAAUAAGUGUAAUAAUACUGACGCAUGUAGAGGAGUGUCUGUCUUUAUGAAGGCACGAGACCAUAAACGAGAUGAACAGGCAUAUUAUGAGAAUACGAAGUUAGAAUUACUGUAGUAUCAUGGUAUCAGUUUAUUGCUUAUUAUUAGCUGGGAGCAGACAGUUUAUGCUUCUGAGAAUAUUCAUAUGCAUUACAAUUUCUGGUGCAGGGUCCCUUGCAGUCAGUCGUUGUGCUCACUGAACUGCUGAUGUAUUAUGGGCCCUAGAGACCAAACCCGGUCCUGGUUACUGAUUCAGUUCUGGUACUAACAUCACCACUAAUUUGAUCAAGCAUCACUGCAGACUCAGCUUGUUCCCACUGCUGUUGCCAGUUCAGCCCAGCCAUGUCCAUCCCACAGAUUGCUACAUGCUGGGCUCAGAAGUGCCAGAGGACAAGAUGCUUUUGCUUCUGGCUUCCGAUAAAGCUUUUAAGAGUCUAGGACAGAGGUUUCUACUAGAUUGUUCUUGAAUGUGGAAAGCUUCCCAAACCAGAAUCUACUGUGAGUCAUACAGGAUGAUCCAAUUGCUCUUGGUUACUUGAAUUCCUUCCUUGGAUGCAGUCACAGUCAAUAUACAGAGGGCAGAAAAUUCCAUCCAAAGAGACAAAAUAUGGAACAAUAGGUAAGGCACAUAUUAGUGAAAUGAUGCGAUUGCCUAUGAUAGAUUUUCCCUUCCCACAGAUGCACCAAGUUUGAUUAUUCUCAUUCUUCUCUCUCUUAUAUUUAUUGCUAAAAACAAAUUAACAAAUUAAGAAUUAAUGAAGACAUUAGCAGGUACUGAAGAACAGUCUCUGUUGCUUACUAGCCCAAACCUCAAGGGGAUAAAAAGGCAAAAGAAGUUAGUAUAAAUCCAUUUUGUCAGUGAGAUCUCACUUCACACUCAGUUAAUUGGCCUGUUUUGCAGGAUUUAACCUGGUGGCAUAAGAACCUUGAAAUAAAUCUCUUAGCUACGAUUAGAGACGAAAGAGAGAUUAGCACGGGCAGGAGAGUUGAAGUCUUUUUCUCCAUCUCCAUAGGUAACUCAGUGUAAAAACAGAAGAACUACACAGACAUCAGGAAAUCAGUUCCUCACUCUUCCUCAGGAUGCCUGAUCCAGGUAUUUUCUCCCCUGUACUCAGCAAGUUACCAGUUUCAAGAUCCUGUUCAGUCCUCUGAAGCAGAUGUCUUCUGCAUGCCUUGGAUACAUGCUCCUAAUCAGCUUACGAGCUUUCCUCGACCUACGCUUCUUUACCUAACACUGAACUAACUAUGGCUGUCCUCAAAGUAAAAUUCACCAAAACUAAAAGGGACAAAUUGGCUCAGAUCUUAUGGAUCCUCAACUGGGUUUCUGUUGUGAGUGGGAUCAUUCUCUUCAGCCUUGGCCUCUUUCUAAAAAUAGAGAUCAAGAAGCGCAAUGAAGUGAUGGCAAAAGGGGACAUUAACUCUGUCCCCAACAUGCUGAUCUCUGUAGGGGUCAUAGCAUGUAUCAUCAACUUUGUAGGUGGCAAAAUCUGCUAUGACUGCUCAGAUGCCAACAAAUUCUCUCGGUGGAAGCUAGUUAUGCUUCCAUACAUCGUAUGUACCUUCUGUUUUACCUUCUGCAUCCUGGUGGGUGCUCUCAUGUGCUAUACCAUGAGGAAUGAGCUGGAAGAGUCUCUGUAUCUGGGAUUGAGGGAUGCUAUGAAGUUCUAUAAGGACACGGACAUACCUGGACGAUGUUUCUUGAAGAAAACAGUGGAUAUGUUACAAAUUGGAUUCCGAUGCUGUGGAAAUAAUGGCUUUAGAGACUGGUUUGAAAUUCAGUGGGUGUCUCCUCGUUAUCUGAAUAUGGCUUCCAAGGAAGUUCUGGACCGUCUAAAGAGCAACGUUGACGGGAAGUUCUUGGUGGAUGGAGUACCCUUCAGCUGCUGCAACCCAAGCUCCCCACGGCCCUGCAUCCAGUACCAGCUGACAAACAACAGCGCUCACUACAACUACGAUUUUCUGACAGAGGAGCUCAAUAUCUGGGUGAAGGGGUGCAGAGAGGCCCUGCUGGAUCACUACACGGCUAUUAUGAGAUCCAUUGGCAUUACGGCAUUGCUUAUUUGGUUGUUUGAGCUCUCCGUACUUAUUGGUGUCCGGUACCUACAAACAGCAAUGAAGAAUGUCCUUCUGUUAGGAGAUUUGGAGCGUGAAUCAGAUGGUUGGUUACUAGAAAACAGCUUUGUGGAAACUGCCAAAUACAACAUCAAUAUCAUUAAGAACCUUGGCAAAGCCAAUCAGAUCUCCACUGUCUCAGGCAUGAAUGACCCCAACAUUGAUGUUCAAAGCACAAACUGUGGCAAAACCAAUGUUACAACAAAAUCGAUCCCAGCGGCUAGCUAGGUAAGUCUUCAAAGAAGUGACAUCACAAGUGGAGGUUUGACAUAUUACAGUCACCAGAUUUUUCACUGGUGGGGGGAAAAAAAAAAAAAAAGAUAGUAAAACUCACAAGACAAUUGAACAAACCACGGACUGGUGACAGCUCCAAAAAUGCUGGUAUUCCAUUGGCUGGGCAUAUUUUUACACAUUCUUGUGAAAUUUCUGAUUUUCAACACUGCACAAAACAAACUUUUGGAAUUUUCCCCACUUUCUCUCCCUUGCUUACGUAUUUCUGUCAUGGUCUGAAUACAUCAGAAUAAUCAUUGUGCAUGAGCAAAUGUUCCAGACAGGGUGGGUCUACAUCUGCUGACAUUCAGAUUGGUCUACUACAUACCAACAGAGUUUGUCAUUACAUCUAUAGAAAUCCCAGCAGCAGGGAAAUCCCCAAAGGAAAUCCCACUGGAUAAAAAGAUUCUUUAAGAAAAAAAAAAAAAGACAAAAUCUUUGAAAUGAAAACUGUUAGUCCAAGUUAGGAUAGAGGAAAUUUUAGCUCAAUUAUACAUACAUUCCAGCUCUUCUAACGGAACCUACUAGCUAGGUGAAAUUGAGUUGAAGACAAUGAAAGUUAGCAUAAUGUAUUUCACUUUUUUUUCCCCCCCAAAAUAGUCUGAAGUAUCUCUUAAUUUCCUCCCACCCCCAUAAUUCAGAGAAAGACAGCUGCCCAAACUCCCUGAAAGCCAAUCGGCACUGCUGGAAGGAGUUCUCUGCUCAAGAAAACUAAUUGAUAGCUCAUGCCAGGAUAUUUGAAAUUCCAAGUAGCCCGUGAAAGCACAAGUUUAAAAACAAGCAGAUACUUCCCACAAAACAAAUAUUGAUGAUCCUAGGUGCUUAAAAGCUCCUAAUUUCAAAAGUACUUACCUAGAUCCAGGGGAUGGAAGAUAAGGGAUUAUUUGGAAGCAAUAAAGGCAAAGAUAGACUGACAGAUCUCCCAUCGUGUUACUGGUACAGCGCUCAGGAACUUUGGUAACGCAUGGAGUAAAAGCCUUCUACACCGAAGACACUUGUAGUUACAGGCUGCCCUAAUAGCAUUAAUAGUAAGCAGGAAAAACAUACCGAUACAGAAUAGAAGACAAAAGGCCAAAUAUUUUACUUGUUGAAGUUGUGAGUACUACGUUGUUUGAAUAUAACUUUGGACAGCUUGUGCAUUCUUCGUGUAUAAUCAAGUAAGAGAAGUUAUAUCACUGGAAUAUUCAAAGCAGAACUAUUCCUGCUUUUGAAGUUGCAUGAAGGUAACAGUACAAAUUCAAAAUUCCUUUACUUGUCUAAAUAAUGUUGUUUUCUAUAACACUAGAAUACGCAAGAAUUAUUCUGUAAGAAUAUAUUGUAAAUAAAGUGUGUGAUGUAAAAGUCUACACUGUAAUUCAAGCUGGCUAUAUACAUUAUCAUAAUUUCAAAUGCAAUUGCUUCACUGCUUAAAAUUUUAGGCCUAUACUUAAGUAUGUUAAAAAUAGAAAUGGACAGAUGGGGUCUGUCUACAAUAGUAGCUUGUAGCAGAUGUUUUGCAAAAGGCAUGUAAGAGGCAAGACCAUUAAAAAAUAGUUCUUUCCCUGACAAAGCCUCCUAACUUUCAGGAAACUGCAGUUUGGGACUUGG